GGGCUGCGGGCGAAAUGGACAGUCAUUGUUUGAGGUCCUGAUCGGCUGGCAUGUCACUGCCCGCUGUCAUCUUCGCACUACUACUUUAUGUCAAGCGCCUGCGCUAGUCCACUGUAGCUGACGUCACACCCAGCAUGGCGGUCAAGGUGCAAGCAACCAAAAGAGCCGACCCCCAUGACUUGAAGACUAUUUUUCUGAAGUAUGCCAGUGUGGUGGAGGAUGGGGAACAUUACAUGACCCCCAGGGACUUUGUGCAGAAUUACCUGGGUCUGCACACACAGCCUCAACAUAAUCCCAAAACUGUGGAGCUCAUUGCUGGAGUGGCUGACACCACUAAAGAUGGACUGAUCUCUUUCCAGGAGUUUCUGGCCUUUGAAUCAGUUCUAUGUGCCCCGGAUGCCCUGUUCAUAGUUGCCUUUCAGUUGUUUGACAAGACUGGCACAGGGGACAUCUCAUUUGAGAACGUACGUGACAUCUUCAGCCAGACCACAGUCCAUCACCACAUCCCCUUCAACUGGGACUGUGAGUUUAUCAGGCUACACUUCGGCCAUGACAGGAAGAAGCACCUCAGCUAUGCAGAGUUCACCCAGUUUCUGCAGGAGCUGCAGCUGGAGCAUGCCCGCCAGGCUUUUGCACAAAAAGAUAAGAACAAGAGUGGCACCAUCACUGCCUUGGACUUCAGUGACAUCAUGGCCACCAUCAGACACCACAUGCUGACCCCGUUUGUGGAGGAGAACUUAGUCUCAGCCGCUGGAGGCAGCACCUCCCACAUGGUGAGCUUCUCCUACUUCAAUGCCUUCAACGCCCUGCUCAACAAUAUGGAGCUGGUCCGUAAGGUUUACAGCACCCUCGCCGGCACAUACAGAGACAUACUUGUCACCAGAGAGGAGUUCAUUCAUGCUGCCAAUAAGUUUGGCCAAAUCACUCCAAUGGAAGUUGACAUCUUAUACCAGCUCUCUGGUCUCCACUCUCACUCUGGACGGCUGAACCAUGCAGACAUCGAGAGGAUAGCCCCGCUGGAGGAAGGUGCCAUGCCAUACCACCUAGCCGAGGCCCAGAGACAGCACAGUCACGAAACGUCUCGACCCGUCUGGCUCCAGGCUGCGGAGUCUGCCUACAGGUUCACUCUGGGCUCAAUCGCUGGAGCCACUGGUGCAACAGCUGUAUACCCCAUUGAUCUGGUGAAGACCCGCAUGCAGAACCAGCGCUCCACGGGCUCCUUCGUAGGAGAGCUGAUGUACAAGAACAGCUUUGAUUGUGCAAAGAAAGUGCUCCGAUAUGAGGGCUUCUUCGGAUUCUACAGAGGUCUCCUCCCACAGCUCAUCGGUGUUGCCCCAGAGAAAGCUAUCAAACUCACGAUGAAUGAUUUUGUAAGAGACAAGUUCACCACACAAGAUGGUACCAUCCCACUGGCUGCAGAGAUCCUGGCUGGUGGCUGUGCUGGAGGUUCCCAGGUGAUUUUCACCAAUCCUCUGGAGAUUGUAAAGAUCCGUCUGCAGGUGGCUGGAGAGAUCACCACAGGUCCCAGGGUCAGUGCCCUGAAUGUUGUGAGAGACCUGGGCUUCUUUGGCCUCUACAAGGGAGCGAAAGCUUGCUUCCUGCGUGACAUCCCCUUCUCCGCCAUCUACUUCCCUGUUUACGCCCACUCCAAAACAAAGCUGGCGGAUGAGGACGGGAGGCUGGGUGCACUGCAGCUGCUCACUGCUGGAGCAAUUGCAGGUGUGCCCGCUGCUUCGCUGGUGACCCCUGCUGAUGUCAUCAAGACCAGGCUCCAGGUGGCGGCACGGGCAGGCCAGACAACAUACAGCGGAGUCAUCGACUGCUUCAGGAAGAUCCUUAAGGAGGAAGGUUUCAGGGCGUUUUGGAAGGGCGCAGGAGCCCGCGUCUGUAGAUCUUCACCACAGUUUGGUGUAACCCUGGUGACGUAUGAGCUCUUACAGAGAUGGUUCUACAUUGACUUUGGAGGACAUCGUCCUGCCGGUGCUGAGCCCACGCCCAAGUCCAGGAUCGAGGACCUUCCUGCUGCGAUCGCAGACCACGUGGGCGGCUACCGCCUGGCUGCUGCAACCUUCGCUGGUGUGGAGAGCAAGUUUGGUCUGCAUCUACCCAAAUUUAAAUCUUCUGGGGAGGUGACAAUCAAAACAGCAGUGUCCAAUAAGGAGCCACAGGCCUCGUAAGCCGCCCCUCAUCAUGCCGACUGCAAGGGCUGCUCACUCUUUGAGUCCAGUGUCCUACAACAUCUCUCUCCAUUCACCCCUCCAGAAUGGUUUUAUUGGGAAAAAAAAAUGGAGCACCACUUGUUUCAUUUAUAUGCAUUUCGAUGGCUGUCUUACUUUGAAUGCUGCAUGAGUAUGGCUUUUAGUAUUUUCUUUGCAUAGCUUGCACAAUUUUAUUGUACAUAUUGUACUUCUUUGCAGAGGGACAUUAUGGCAUUAUGAAGGAUUGUUACUGAAUUUCUCUGGUGUGCAAAGUUUGGGUGUGCAUGUGUGGCAGAUGUGUCGGUCACAUUUCAGAGACAUGAGCGGAUGUACAGAUGUUUUCAAAGUACUGAUUUUGAAAUCAUGACCAGAGUCUUGAGAAAUAAUUUAAAUGUAUUUAUUGUAUUUUGUUGAAAUAAAUCAUUCAAACUG